GCUCCUCUUCGCGCCCGGUCUGUCAGAUCUGUGGCAAGGAGGGCCACACCGCUGUCCACUGCUGGCACAGGAACGAUGAUAGCUACAAUCAAGAACCUCCAUCGGCGACUAUGGCUACCAGUGCCUCGUACAAAGUCGACCAGAUCUGGUAUAAUGACACCACGGCGAUCGACAUAUCACAAGUGAUCUCGACCCUCUGACGAUGCGUGAACGUUACCAGGGUGGUGAUCAAGUUCAAGUCGGCAAUGGUAUAGCCGAGCCGACCCUAAAAAGUAUGCUGGCCUCAAUCAGCUUGCUCAGAAAUUCCUUGAAGGGGUGCAAAGUUCGUCUGGAAGACAGACCUUCACUAGCUUAUGUAGAAGGGGUUGUUGAGGAAAUUCGCCAGGGUGCUACUAUGGAGUGCCCUAUCUGUCUUGACUCAGCUUCAGAUGAUCCAGUACUCACGCCUUGUGCACACCGGAUGUGUGGUGAAUGCCUUGUUUCUAGCUGGAGCCUGGAGGACUCCAGUUGGAAGUCACACCAGCAAAUCUGACCUGAUCAUAUUGCCUGCUCAGAGUCGUUUCCAGGUGGAUGCCAAGAAUAACCGGAAGGACUCAUGCAAAGUGAAAAAAAAACUUAUAAUGAUGCUGGAGAGCCUUCAGAAGAAAAGGGAGAAGAGCAUUGUAUUCAGCCAGUUUACUUCCUUCGUCGAUCUUCUGGAGACCCCCUUCACUCAGAACUUCAGAAGGGUAUCAAGUUCUUGUGGUUUGAUGGCAAGCUGAGCCAGAAGCAUAAAGAAAAAGUUCUGAAGGAGUUCAGUGAAAGUCAGGACAAGCUGGUGCUAAUGAUGUCACUCAAAGCUGGAGGUGUAGGGCUAAAUCUAAUUGCUGUCUCCAAUGUUUUUUACGAUGGAUCCAUGGUGGAAUCCAGCUGUGGAAGAGCAGGCUUUCAUGAGAAUUCACCGUAUUGGGCAGAAAAGAGAGGUCCGAGUCAAAAGCUUCAUCGUCAAGGAUACUGUCGAGGAGCUAGCGGAUGCAACAGGUCCAAAUGCGCAAGCAGAGGAUGGUUUCUGGGGCGCUCACUGAUGAGGAGAUUCGUGGCGCUCGCAUUGAGCAUCUCAAGAUGUUGUUUAAAUGAUUGCUGCCAUGAACUCCCGAUGUGUAUAGCUGACGCUAUGUCGUUGAUGCUUUUGUAGGAGUAUUAUCUGGGUUCAGAUCAUUGUAGAUGGGGAUGGAGUGGGUGGAACCUUGCCCUUUGGAUUUUGUGUAUAUCUCCCCCAUGCUAGUAUGCAUUUCAUGUAGAGUUGUUUCUUUAUGGUGUUGAAACAUCCUAUGAAAAUCGUAGUCUACUAUUGCUGGUC